GCUCCACAUUCCCGUGGUUGCCUGCAGCCUCUCUCUCCCCGUCCCUGCCGUGGCUCAUUGUGGCCUCUUGUUGUGGGGGCUCUCUCAUAAGCAAACACAAGUGUUGAAGGAGACGCCUCCAAUCCAUCAUCUCGUGAGUGAGUUGUGUGCGGUUGCAUCGCAUGCAUUGCGCUGCACACCGCUAGCAAGACCGCGGACCGUUCUCCCUCCCUCCCUCAGCGCCGGUCGAUCUCGUCCGGUGCUUCGGCCGGGCGCCGGGCAUGGGGCAGCAGGCGGCGGCGGCGCCGUGGCGGCUCAACGUCAGCGACUUCCAGAUGCCGGAGCGGCCCAAGGAGCCGCCGCCCUUCGCCAGCCGCGUCUUCAUGCGUGGCCACGGGAAACAAAGAAAAAUCGCAAAGUACUACGAGAAGCAGGAGAGUCUCCUGAAAGAUUUCAGCGAGAUGGAGAGCAUGAAUGAGCUCGGCUGCUUGGAUCAGAACGGUGCCCCUACCGACGAAGAGCUGCGGCAACUGGCCAAGGGUGAAAGGCUGGCGAUCAACCUGUCCAAUGUAAUCAACCUGGUCCUGUUCGUCGGGAAAGUCGUGGCUUCCUUCGAGACCAGGUCGAUGGCGGUGAUCGCGUCGACGCUGGACUCGCUGCUGGACCUCCUGUCAGGGUUCAUCCUCUGGUUCACGGCGCACGCCAUGAAGAAGCCCAACAAGUACAGCUACCCGAUCGGCAAGAGGCGCAUGCAGCCAGUGGGCAUCGUGGUGUUCGCGUCGGUGAUGGGGUGCCUGGGGUUCCAGGUCCUGAUCGAGUCUGGGCGGGAGCUGGUGACGCAGGAGCACACCACGUUCGACACCUGGAAGGAGAUGUGGAUGGUGGGCAGCAUGUCGUCGGUGGCCGUCGUCAAGUUCUUCCUCAUGCUCUACUGCCGGACCUUCAAGAACGAGAUCGUCAGGGCGUACGCGCAGGACCACUUCUUCGACGUGAUCACCAACUCCGUCGGCCUCGUCAGCGCGCUCCUCGCCGUCAAGUACAAGUGGUGGAUGGACCCCGUCGGCGCCAUACUGAUCGCGCUGUACACGAUCACGACGUGGGCGAGGACGGUGCUGGAGAACGUGGGGACGCUGAUCGGGAGGUCGGCGCCGGCGGAGUACCUGACCAAGCUCACGUACCUGAUAUGGAACCACCACGAGGAGAUCCGGCACAUCGACACGGUGAGGGCCUACACCUUCGGGACGCACUACUUCGUGGAGGUGGACGUGGUGCUGCCCGGGGACAUGCCGCUCAGCCAGGCGCACGACAUCGGGGAGGCGCUGCAGGAGAAGCUGGAGCAGCUGCCGGAGGUGGAGCGCGCCUUCGUACACGUCGACUUCGAGUUCACACACCGACCAGAGCACAAGGCCGACGUCUGAUCUGAUCUCAUCUCAUCAUGCUCUUCUCCUCAAAUAUGUGUAUGUAUGUAUGGAUGCUUGGGAAGUACUACUAGUUUGUAGGCACUUGUGCAACACUUUUGACAUGAAAGGUCAUGUCGCGCGAGUAUCCAAUUCUAGGCCGGGCUCGGCUGCACCUGGUGAACUUUAAAAUCAACAAAAUCCGAUUUUCUUUUUGCAUGAAA